AUGUCUUCCCCGUUGCUUCAUGCCACCACGCCUGUGCAUUCGCAUCCACUUUCCCCUGAAGAGUUUCCCUCCCGUGGUCGAAAAACGCGUGGUAACCAGGAUGCAGAAGAUGCAAGGCCAUCCGCGAAUUACUUUACGUUGAAGGCACAGCUAGAAAAACUUUCAGAACCAGACAGCAAGGAAAGCCAUGCUAAUUGGGACGGCAGUGUUAGAGGUUACAGUAAGACCAACAGAAAGAGCUCCAUAGACGGGCGCUCAGCAGAACGCAAGCAGUCCUCCAGCUCUUUACCUGAUGUCACUCGCAAUGAUUCUGGUCCGCCACCACCUUCAUCUUCGGUCGCCGCACAAGUACUUGCCACAAAAUGGCACGAGUACUCAGACGAAGCCAUUCAAUCAGCAAUAUCUAGACUAAGCAUUACCGAAUCGCCUUCUGAUGUCCAUAAUCACCCAUACCAUUCAGCAUUGCGCGUACUAUCCUCUGCUUUGCAUAACCUCACCCACGCCAGGUUAGAGCUUGAGGAAGAUAGAAGAUUACUACAGGAAAAAGAAGAUGCGCGAAAAAAGCGAGCAGAGGAACUCCUCAAAGAACUUCAUGCCUCUGAGCGAGAUGUUGCAAGACGUGUAAUACAAUCUAUUUUCACAGACGACGACGAACGCCAACACAAAGUGCAACGUCAGGAAAGCAUGGCGUCAUCUUUAACGGAAGCUAUUGCAGAUCAGGUCACAUUAUCUCCCAAUGUUAAAGUUGGCAUUGCCACCCUACCCGUCCUUCCUGCCUCGUCGCAUGCCAACGAAUCCGCCAUUCUUGAUGAUUCACACAUUGCCAUCAAUCACAUCGAGGAAACUGUUCCAUCCAGUUCUGACGUCACUGAUUCAGCAUUCUUCACAUCGGAGGCGCCAGCUCCUAAUAUUCAUGAUGUUGAUGCUCCCUCAGCAGUGCCUCAUAAAAACGAUAAACCGUCUAUUGGGGACUGGAUGGGAACAUGGUGGGGCAGAGGUAAAUACAAACCUGGUCGUGCACCGUCUGUACAACCAGUGAAGGAAGACACGGAGAUUUCUGGAAAAGAUAGUUCUCGAGGAUCGUCUCCCACUCCAGAGAGCGAUACAGUUGCCACACUGCCCUCUGAGUCAACAAGUCGUACCGCCCGCAAAAAGGCUGGAAGAAGUGUCUUCGGAACGCUUGGUAUAUCUGUACUGAACCCGACUACUUCCAACACUGCGAGACAUAAGCGUCAUGCUAAAUCAGUCACGGACGUAUCAAUCCUGAUGCCUCCUCCAGAGGAGCCGAGCGCAUUUUCGGCCAGUUCUUCUCCCGUCUUCAGUACAUUAUCGUCUGCUCCAAUUGCUCCUCAAUUAACUACAACCUCAGAAAGUCCCGAGCACGUUUCUGAAGCAUCGAUCUUGUCCUCUUCCGUGGUAGGGGAUAAAUCUCUUCAAGGUGCAUCUUUGCGGGCGAUAGCUCAUGCCACUCGUGUUAUGACGUCUGAUCCUGGCAGUAUCCUGGUUGACCACGGGCAGGAUAUCAGUCCAUUGAUCGCGAAGCUAGCUCUUGAACUUGUCCAGAAUGCUCGGGACGACGGCGUAAAUUAUCGCGAGCGGCCAAAAGAGAGAAAGGACAGCAAGUUGGGUCACCGGGUAGAGAGCUCGGAACAACCAGGUCGUCGAGCUACUUUGAGCCCCACUGAAGGGUCUGAUGCCACGACAUCUCUCAGCCGCACUCUAGUGGCCCAAGGCGAUGUUAUGCGGAAGACAAAAUCCCGGACAGCGGCAAUCAUGGCCUCUCCUUUCAGUUCACCCAUGUUCGGAUCUUUCAUGCAACAGCAGCAAAGGAAGCAGCCGAACAAUACUGAUUCCACUGUGAAGAAUUCUGCCAUCCGCGAUUCUCCUUCGUCUAAUGCACGAAUAAACAACAGUCCUGUUCCACCGGCACCUCCUGCCAACAAGCCUGGUUCGGUGCCACUGGAGUCUAUAAUUCCUGCUACUGCUCAACCUCCGACACAAUAUCUCUCACGGACUUACACAGCUCUCACGGCUCCCGAUUUCCACUUCAGCAUACCUCUACCUAAUGCUGCAUCACGAUUCAACGUUCAAUAUGGGGAUGAGAAUCAACAGCCUCUUACUGAUCGCUACGGGUUUAUCUAUGAUGUUUCUCAGUACGACGUGCUUUUACUCCUACGGGCGAAGGACUGUGGCAACACUGCACCCGCAUGCCUAACAGGUGUCAAAAUCGCUGAUCGCAAAGAAAGUAAUAGUUGGUCGGACGAAGACGACGAUGGUCAGAAGAAUGUCAUACACAUAGUCAAAGAAACAUGUGAUUGUGACGGCAAGGAUGCCCCUGCAGUUACCGUUGGAAGAUCACCAUCAUCUGUUUCACCACCAACCUCCGACAGUGUUACAUCAGGUCGAAGAUCUCGCGGAGUUUCUCCAUCAUCUUCGCGAAGUCGGACCCGCUCUUCAACGAUCACAUCAUCCGCACCGCCUCCGACGUCCGGACGGGCAGCUUCCAGUACUUCAGUACUGGCUGUAACGUCAAGCACACCUCGUCAUGCGUGUGCAAACCUAAUUCGUCGCUUUCUCGAUGAUUUGACUAAGAUACAUGACCAGCGACAGAGUGCACAGCGGAAGGAGUGGGACACAUUUGUUAGGCGACGAAGUAAAGUAAAGACGUCGAAGGCAUCCACGGCCGUCGCGUCAUCCUCAGCUGGAGGUGGUGCUGCUGCGCUCCUUGGAUUGGGUACUGCUGUCGAAGAUGAAGAGUUAGCGCAUACAGAAGGACUUAUCGGAUUUGCGCAGCUUGGACUUUCGUCCAAUAGGGAUGAACGCAAAGAAUUUGAUAGAUUGGUUAGAAGUGGUAUUCCUCUGGUUUAUCGAUCCAAGGUCUGGCUUGAGUGUAGUGGUGGUUUGGACAUGAGAGAACCAGGGAUAUUUAGGGAUUUACUUGCUCAGGCCAGCAUUCAAGAACAUGUUCCCAUGGAGAUUGAGAAAGACGUCGGAAGAACGAUGCCUCUCAACAUAUUCUUUGGAGGCGAUGGCGCUGGCGUCGACAAGCUUCGAAGAGUAUUGACAGCAUAUAGUCGCCGUAACCCGUCCGUCGGAUAUUGUCAAGGGAUGAACUUGGUGACCUCCACUCUUUUACUCGUUCACGCUGACGAGGAAGAGGCGUUCUGGGUGCUUUGUGCCAUCGUUGAGCGGAUAUUGCCCGAAGACUUUUUCUCCCCAUCCCUUCUUCCUUCUCGCGCAUGCCCUCUGGUUCUACUUGACUUUGUCCAAGAAUUCACUCCAAAGCUAUACGGACACCUGACAAAUAUUGGUGUUGAUCUUCCUGCAAUAUGUUUUUCAUGGUUCCUUUCGUUAUUCACGGAUUGCCUUCCUGUGGAGACCCUCUUUAGAGUUUGGGACGUUUUUCUAGUUGAUGGUCUAGAUGUUCUCUUCCGCGUUGCACUAGGUAUUCUGCGCAGCAACGAACAAGAGCUGUUGAAAUGCGAAUCUAUACCUGCUGUAUACGUUGCUCUGGAGAACCUGCCAACGCGGAUGUGGCAAGCCGACAAGCUUUUGCAGCUCGAGGCUGAACUCCGACCUUAUGUCUCGCACGCUGAUCUCGUGAAGAAGCGGGAAGCUCAUGUUGCUGCACUGAAGCAACUCAUGUCUUAAUUCAGAAUCAUUUAAUAUCUCCCGAACUUG